UCUCUAUGUGAAUGAGUUUAAUAAAACCGUGUAAUUUCAUAAUAAAAGAAAGAUAAACGUAUUUUGUAGCAAUAAAUAUUAGAGACAGUUAAUAGUGAAAGUAAUAAAUAGUUGCCAUUUAACCUAUAAGGACAAAGAAACAACAGAAAUGUCCGCUAACGAUAGCUGCAUCAGCAGAUUUUUCCAAGAAGAUCACGUCAGAAGAGUCAAAGAAAUAAGUCCAAUAAGAAUGACUUCACAAGGAAACCUCGAUUCCUCACAAGAUCUCAGCCAAACAUCUAUGGAUUCCGAAUCGGAUGCAUUAACAUUAUCACAAUUAACAUUAGAAGAGCCAGAACCUAUAAUUAUUAAACCAUUUUAUAAUAUAAGCGAACGAAAAAUGCCGACAUCACCUCAUUAUGUAAUUGAAGAAGAAUUCUCACAGAACCCCUGGGCGAUGUUAAUAGCAACGAUAUUUCUAACAAAAACAUCCGCCAAAACCGCCAGGCGCUAUAUGAGAAGUUUUUUCGAUGAAUAUCAAACACCGUAUGACGUUUUAAACGACACUCCUACAUCAUUGGAAAAGUUCUUUGAAAAUUUAGGCCUUAGAAAACGCGGGCAUAUGAUUUGGAAGCUUAGCUACCAAUUUGUAAGUUCGAAGUGGCGUAGAGCUGGCGAUUUGUGUGGCAUAGGUAAGUACGGCGAAGAUGCUUAUAGAAUUUUUUGUUUGGGCCACACAGAUGUGAACCCAGGGGAUAGGUAUUUAAAGCUAUAUUUGGAUUGGCUUAGGAAAAAUACAGAAUUUCUUGAAGAUAAUGGAAUUAUCGAUAGUGAGUGCGUCAUUGAAGAUCCUGUUCUGAAAUAUUACAGAAUAACUCUAAGAGAAUGAACAAAUUAUGUUUUAAAACUUUUAUAGAAAAAGGAGCUAAACGCGUAAACAGCUGACGUUAAUAAGCAUUGCCCUUUUUGGGUAUCCAGUGAUUUAUAGGAAAUUGAGUUAUUAUUAAAAAAAACACAUAUGGAGGUGUUUCAAAUUAGAAUGUGUAUGAACUCGCGCAAUAUACAUAUCUCUCAAUUCGAUGAAUGGUCAGUAAAAGUUUUUAAAAUCUAAA